UGGGGGGCGAGGCAAGAGGCAAGAGCGGGGCGAUAAAAUGUGUAAUGUGUGUGCAAGGUGCAACAAGCUGCCCUUUUUAUAUUUACCGCUGUACCCUACUGAGAAGGCCUAGUCGUAUUAUAAAUUUUGCUCAAUUGAAGAGCGCCGAAAAAGCCUAAAAACUGAGAAAGGAAGAACUGAAUUGACGCUACGCAGAACAUCAACAUCCAGACACUGUUUGAAACAUUAGCCAUGACCGAGUCAGGAGAGCUUGUGUGCAACAUCAAUAAGUGCCGACGUCCGCUGACGUCAAGGGCGUGGGUGACCAGCUGUCUGCACGCCUUCUGCGAGGAGGACGGCGGCAAGUACGUCCACCAGACGCCCGUCAAGUGUCCCGCCUGCGACACCACCCUGAACGACAGCCUAGACGUCAUACAGAUCGAGGUGAACCCCAGCGAGCGGUUCAAGUCGAUGGUGCUGGCCGGUCUGAAGCCGGACGUCAUCUGCGACGUGGCCGGCCGGGCGCUGGCCUUCUGGAUGUACCAGAUGUCCGAGGACCGCGCCUACCUGGCCGCAGCCGUCAGCCGGGGACGACGCCGCUUCGACGACCUCGAGCGCUACUACGAGAAAAACGUCCGCCAGCUGCAGACUCAGAUUACAUCCAUGAAGACGCACCUGGACAAGGAGCUGGCGAGCAGCGCGCGCCAGUUGGAGGAGGCGCGCCACGAGCUGGAGGCCAGCCAGCGCCAGGCCGAGGAGCUCUCCGGUCGGCUGGCGCAGCGCAACAAACAGUACCAGCAGCUGCAGCGCGACUACGACGCGCUGCGCGUGCGGACGGCGGGCACGGCGCCGCGCGUGUCGCCGGCCCACUCGCCGGCGCGCUCAGUGUCGGCCACCUGGCACCCGCCCGUCGGCCACCUGCAGCCGUCGCCGGUGCCGCGCCGCGUCUCGCACGUCUCACAGUUUGUGUUCAAACCGGUGACCCCGCAGCCGGUCACACCCAACAAACGGUGAUCGUGACGCCAGUCUGCUGUGUCAGUUGUGAUAAAACGAGUGGUGUUGCGAUGAGCCCAAAAUGAAUUAAGUAUGUCUGUUGAUAAUUAUGUGUUCCCUGUUCCUCCCUUGAUCCACAUCUGACAUAAGAUUGAAGCACAAAGCUCAACCCCAGAAUAUAUAUCCUGUUAAA